UUGUCAGACGGAGCGCAGAGCAACGGUCACCUCACGGUUUGCUGGCACCAUCCGGCUUCUCGACACCGAGCGCAGCUGAGGAAGAGGACGCGGCCAUGGAGCACAGCCACAUCUUCCCCGUUGCCGCCCCCAACGAGAGCGGUCGCACCGUCGGGCAGCAUCCCUCGGAGGGGUGUCCCCUCGGACCGCUGCCCGUCAUCUACUACAGCGUCUUGCUGUGUCUCGGCCUGCCGGCCAACAUCCUGACAGUGGUCAUCUUGUCCCAGCUGGUGCUGCGUCGUCAGAAGUCGUCGUACAAUUAUCUCCUGGCGUUGGCGGCCGCCGACAUCACGGUCCUCCUCCUCAUUGUUUUUGUGGACUUCAUCCUGGAAGACUUUAUUCUGGCUACGCCACUGCCGCCGUCACUCAACAGCGCAGUGCAGGUGUUGGAAUUCUGCUCCAUCCAUACGUCCAUCUGGAUCACUGUGCCCCUCACUGUCGACCGCUACAUUGCCGUUUGCCACCCGCUGCGCUACCACACUGUCUCCUACCCGGCACGCACGCGCAGGGUGAUAUUGGCCGUCUACCUCGGGUGCCUGCUCUCGGCCGCUCCAUACUACUGGUGGCCUGAGCUGUGGCACGGCUCGCUCGCUGCGGCCGAUGGGGGCGGCCCGCAGCGUAGCGGUCCAAGUAUCGCCCAGCACGUCCUGGUGUGGGCCCACUGUGCCACCAUCUACCUCCUCCCCUGCACCGUCUUCUUCAGCCUCAAUGGCGUCAUAGUGAGCAAGCUGCGCCGCCGCCGCAGCUGCUUCCGCAUGCGUGGCUACUCCACUGGCAAGACCACGGCCAUCCUGCUGGCCAUCACCUCUGUUUUUGCCGUGCUCUGGGCACCCCGCACCUUCCUGAUCCUCUACCACUUCUACUCGCCGCCGCCGGCCUCGCUGGAUGCCGGGCGCCUGCUGCAUGCACUGACCGACUUUGCCAACAUGCUGGCGUUGCUCAACACGGGCGUCAACUUCUUCCUCUACUGCUUUAUCAGCAAGCGUUUCCGGGCCAUGGCGGCCAACGUGGUGCACGCGCUGCUCCGCUGCCGCAAGCAGCCGCAGCCGUUCUACGCCAGCCACAAUUUCUCCAUCACCAGCAGCCCAUGGAUUUCACCGGCCAACUCCCACUGCAUCAAAAUGUUGGUGUACCAGUACGACAAAAAUGGAAAGCCUAUUUGCAUUUCCUCCUGAGGGCUCAGGGGAGGGUGCUUCGGGGCUUUCUCACUCUUGCCUGCACAGGACGCUUUGGGAAAAGGUCAGGUUGCACGGCAGGAACGGCAGUGACGCUUGAGCUAGCUAUGAGCCAAAACAAAGCGUCUAGACAAAAUAGCUUGUGUUUGAAGCAACGAUGUUGGAACCAGCAUCUCUUUGCAAAAAAUACGUACAUUCUCCAGACUCUUGACCUUGUCAUCGCUCUAGACCACGCACCGAUAUCCCAUGCAUGUGAAUCGUAGCGGCCGCAUGGGAGGCAUCAGAG